GGGUCUCUGGCCGGCGGCAGCAGGAGGAGGAGCGGCAGCAGCAGCGGGGGGAGCGGGGCUGGACGCCGCCGCGGCCCCCGGAGGGGCGGCUGUUGACUUCCUCCCGCCCGCGCCCUCGCCCCUUCCAGCCCCCGCCGCGGGCGCGAUGGCAGUUGGCGGCUGAAGGAGCCCCAGCGCCCUCCCCCGGACGAGCUAAUGUUAAAGUAAUGGAUUCCAAAGAAUUGCUUAACUCGUCAGAUCAAGGCGAAGCAAGGAAAAAUGCGCUCAUCAGUACCAAAGGAGGGAUCGUGAUGGACUUUCGUCCACCCUUCAGGGGUGGAGCUACUGUACAAGCCCCUGUGUCUACAUCUCCUCUCCCCGCGUCUUCUCAGUCAGAUUCCAGCCAGCAACCUGCUUUGGCUGACUUCUCGAAAGGAUUAGCAAACAAUGUGCCUCCGCCAGACCUUUCCAAGGCAGUGUCGCUCUCGAUGGGACUGUACAUGGGUGAAACUGAUGCGAAAGUGAUGGGAAACGACCUUGGAUUUUCACAGCAGGGCCAAAUCGGCAUCUCUUCUGGAGAAACGGACUUCAGGCUCCUGGAAGAAAGUAUUGCGAGCUUGAACAAGUCCUCGAGCCUGGCAGAGGACACCAAGGGAGCAAUAUCCUCUGAGGUGCCGCUUGAGCCGGAGUUCCCAGGCAUGGCUGGCCGCAACGUCCCUUUAGAGUCAGGAACUGCAGUCCAAAGCCAGGUUGGCGCGAACGGUGGCAACUUGAAGUUAUUCUCUGAAGACCAAAGCACCCUGGAUAUUCUCCAGGAUUUAGAAUUGCCACCAGUAUCGCCUGGCAAAGAGCCCAAUGGGAGCCCGUGGAGGCUCGACCCGUUGCUCGAUGACGGCGGCCUGCUCUCCCCUAUAUCUGCGGAUGAUGCGUUCCUCCUGGAAGGAAGUCUUGGUGAAGACUGCAAGCCUCCUGUUUUAUCUGACACUAAACCUAAAAUUAAUGACCGUGGUGACCUUUUACCCAGUUCCAAAAUGCCAAUGCCUCAAGUGAAAACAGAAAAGGAAGACUUCAUUGAACUCUGUACUCCUGGUAUAAAGCAAGAAAACAUGGGCCCAAUUUACUGUCAGGCAAACUUCUCUGGGUCGAAUCUGCUGGGUACUAAAGUCUCUGCCAUAUCUAUCCAUGGUGUCAGUACCUCUGGGGGGCAAAUGUAUCACUAUGAUUUAAACACUGCAUCGCUCUCUCAGCAGCAGGAUCAGAAACCAAUUUUUAAUAUCAUUCCAUCUCUUCCUGCCGGUUCAGAAAAUUGGAAUAGGUGCCAGGGAUCAGGAGACGAGACGUUGGCUCCUUUGGGAACGCUCAACCUUUCUGGCAGACCUGCUUUCUCUAAUGGCUAUUCAAGCCCUGGAAUGAGAUCAGAUGUAAGCUCUUCUCCAUCCACAACCUCAGCAACUACGGGACCACCUCCCAAGCUCUGUCUUGUCUGCUCUGACGAGGCCUCGGGGUGUCAUUAUGGGGUUCUUACUUGUGGCAGCUGCAAAGUGUUCUUCAAGAGAGCUGUAGAAGGGCAGCACAACUACCUGUGUGCCGGGAGGAACGACUGCAUCAUCGACAAAAUUCGGAGGAAAAACUGCCCAGCGUGCCGCUACCGGAAGUGUCUCCAGGCGGGAAUGAAUCUCGAAGCUCGAAAAACCAAGAAGAAGAUAAAAGGAAUCCAGCAGACGGGUGCAGCAGGAGCACGGGAUGCUUCGGAAACGCCUGGAAACAAGAGUGUCGUCCCGGCGUCGCUGCCGCAGCUGACCCCAACCCUGGUGUCGCUGCUGGAGGUGAUUGAGCCGGAGGUGCUGUACUCGGGCUACGACAGCACACUGCCCGACUCCAGCUGGCGCAUCCUCUCCACUCUCAACAUGCUGGGAGGGCGGCAGGUCGUGGCUGCAGUGAAGUGGGCAAAGGCAAUACCAGGUUUCCGAAACUUGCAUCUGGAUGACCAAAUGACCCUUCUGCAGUAUUCAUGGAUGUUCCUAAUGGCUUUUGCCUUGGGAUGGAGAUCAUACAAACAAUCAAAUGGGAAUCUCCUGUGCUUUGCCCCAGACCUGAUUAUUAAUGAGCAGAGAAUGAAUCUACCAUGUAUGUAUGAACAGUGCAAACAUAUGCUCAUGGUUGCCCGAGAGCUGUCACGGCUUCAAGUCUCAUACGAAGAGUAUCUCUGCAUGAAAACGUUGCUUCUCCUCUCUACAAUUCCUAAAGAAGGCCUGAAGAGUCAAUCUUUAUUUGAAGAAAUCCGUAUGACAUACAUUAAGGAGCUGGGAAAGGCCAUAGUGAAGAGAGAAGGGAACUCGAGCCAGAACUGGCAGCGAUUUUAUCAACUGACUAAACUGCUGGACUCUAUGCAUGAUGUGGUUGAAAAUCUUCUGAGCUUUUGCUUCCAGACAUUUUUGGAUAAAUCCAUGAGUAUUGAGUUCCCAGAAAUGUUGGCAGAAAUCAUCAGCAAUCAGAUACCAAAAUAUUCAAAUGGAAAUAUCAAGAAGCUCUUAUUUCAUCAGAAGUGACUGCCUUAAUACAAAAGGGUUGCCUUAAGAAAACGUCAAAUGAUAGCUUUUUUUUUUGUAAAGAAAAAAAACCCUACAGACCUUGUU